UGGUGCUGCCGACGGUCAGCAGUCUGCAGCUGCAGGACGUCACACACAGCACUAUGCGUGUGCGCUGGCGAGAGGCUGAAGGGGCCUCUGGGUACAUGAUCCUGUAUGCACCACUGACGGAGGGAGACGCCGCUGACGAGAAGGAGCUGAAAGUGGCUGACUCUGUGACUCAGGUUGAUCUGGACGGUUUAACUCCUGCUACUGAAUAUACGGUGACGGUUUACGCUCUGUACGGGGAGGACGCCAGCGACCCCAUGACUGCGCAGGAGACCACGCUUCCUCUGACUCCUGCACGUAACCUGCGCAUCUCAGACGUCACACACAGCUCCGCUAAACUGACCUGGGACACGCCCUCUCCACAGGUCAAAGGUCACAAAAUUGUAUAUGUGAAGACGGACGCCGUGGAGACCAAUCAGGCUGAGGUGGGCGUGGUCAGCACAGUGGAGCUGCGUAACCUGAGCGCAGUGACCGAAUACACCAUCGCCAUCUUCGCAGUGUACGCGGAGGGCCAGGCGGAGCCGCUCACAAACACCUUCACCACCUCGUUGGCUCCGGCCCCGAUGAACCUGCGCUCCAGUGAGGUGUCCAGCGAGAGCUUCAGGGUCACCUGGACCCACCCCGCACCUGACGUCACCUUCUACAGACUCACCUGGAGACCAGCGGCUGGAGGAGAGACUAAAGAGGUGCUCAUCAAUGAUCACUCAGAGCGGUUCCUCCUCUCGGCGCUGCAGCCCAACACUGAAUAUGAGGUUUCUCUGUCCGCCAUUUACAGAGACGAGUCCGAGAGCGAGCCGGUGGAGCUGAGCGAGACCACAGCUGCCAGAACAACCACAGUGGCUACGACCAGCGCCCGGACGACACCAGCCGCGCAGCGUCUGGCCGUCAGGAACCUGCAGCUCAGUGAUGUGACCACCUACAGCAUGCGUGUGUCGUGGGACCCUGCGGGCCCGAGUGCGCGUCAGUACCGCGUGUCGUACAUCAGUGUGUGUGCGGUGUACAGCGACGGAGAAUCUCCACCAAUCACACGCAUCGCCCGCACACUGCCUCUGUCUGCCCCCAGUGGUCUGCGUGUGUCGGAGCAGUGGUAUAACCGUUUCCGCAUCAGCUGGGUUGCUCCGCCCUCGCCGACCAUGGGCUACAGGAUCGUCUACCAGCCCACGACAGGUGGGCGUGCUCUGGAGACAUUUGUGGGUGACGAUGUGAACACCAUGCUGAUCGUCAACCUGCUGAGCGGCACCGAGUACAGCGUUAAGGUCAUCGCCACCUACACCACCGGCUCCAGCGACGCCCUGAGCGGACGCGCACAGACACUGUAUCUGGGCGUCAGUAACCUCAGCAGUUAUCAGGUGCGGGCGACCAGCAUGUGUGUGCAGUGGCAGCCGCACCGCCACGCCAGCCAGUACCGCCUCGUCCUGCAGCCGCAGCUCCAUGGUGAGAAACAGGAAAUGAGGCUGCCAGGCUCCGCCUCCAGACACUGCUUCAGUGAGCUGAGCCCGAACACACAGUACAGCAUCAGUGUUCACACACAGCUGCAGGAGACCGAGGGCCCCGCCGUCAGCACCACCGAGAGGACGCUUCCUGUGAGCACGGCUCCACCCACCAUCGCCAGCAGCUCCGCCCCUCCGCCUACCCUGCCCGCCACUAAAGAAGUGUGUCGAGCUGCUAAAGCUGAUCUGGUGUUCCUGGUGGACGGCUCGUGGAGUAUCGGAGACGAUAACUUCCAGAAGAUCAUCCGCUUCCUGCACAGCACGGCUGGAGCUCUGGAUCAGAUCGGGCCGGACGGGACUCAGGUGGCCAUCGCUCAGUUCAGUGACGACGCGCGCACAGAGUUCAGCCUCAGCUCACACAGCAGCAAAGAGGAGCUGCUCACCGCCAUCCAGAGGGUCAGCUAUAAAGGAGGAAACACCAAGACAGGCCGAGCCAUGAAGCAUGUGAAGGACUCUGUGUUUGCGCCGGUGGGCGGGGCCAGAAGGGGCGUGCCUAAAGUGCUGGUGGUGUUGACAGACGGCCGUUCCCAGGACGACGUGCUGCAGGUGUCCCAGGAGCUCCAGGCUGAAGGCUACAUCGUGUUCGCCAUCGGGUUCGCGGACGCGGAUUACGGCGAGCUGCUGAGCAUCGCCAGUCGCCCCGGAGACAGACACGUGUUCUUUGUGGACGACCUCGACGCCUUCCGCACCAUCGUGGAGAAUAUCCUCCAAUUCGGCAGGAGUGUGUGUGUCUCUGUGUGUAAGUGUGUGUGUGUGUGUGUGUGUGUGUGUUCAGGCUUCCGCAUGAUGGAGAUGUUCGGGCUGGUGGAGCACCUGUACAGUAGUGUGGACGGCGUGUCGUUGGAGCCGGGAACCUUCAACAGCUACAGCAGCUACAGACUGGCCAGAGACGCACUGCUCACACAGCCCACCAGGUUCCUCCACCCUGAGGGUCUGCCGUCUGACUACACCAUCUCCAUGCUGUUCCGCCUGCUGCCCGAAACGCCCCCGGAGCCCUUUGCAUUGUGGGAAAUUCUCAACAGCAGCAACGAGCCCUUAGUAGGCGUCAUUCUGGACAUCGCAGGGAAGACCCUAACCUUCUUCAACACUGACUAUAAAGGAGACUUCCAGACCGUCACGUUUGAGGGAGCCGAGAUACAGAAGCUGUUCUACGGCAGCUUCCACAAGGUCAGUGUGUGUGUGUGUGUGUGUGUGUGUGUGUACCACAGCAGUCAGUGUGAAGAGGAGCCAGCACCAGCAGAACUGUGCUGCAACGCAUCAUGUGCUGCUCCUGAUCCAGACCAAAUGAACCGACCAGUGCAUCACACGCUAAGAGUUAACCGGUUCAGUACCUUUGUCUUUUCACUGUGUGUGUGUGUGUGUGUGUGUGUGUGUGUGUGUUUGCAGAGGAAGGAAGCUGACUGUCCGUCUCUGCCGCGUGCCUGUACCUGCACUCAGGACAGUAAAGGCCCCCCUGGACCCGCCGGACCCCCGGGAGGUCCUGGGAUCAGAGGUGCUCGAGGAGAUCGUGGUGAACCCGGCCCUGUGGGUCCUGUUGGUCCAGUAGGGGACGCUGGUGUUCCCGGUGCUCAGGGGCCUCCUGGUCCUCCAGGGCCCAGCGGACGCUCCAUCAGAGGCCCUCUGGGCGCUCCGGGUGAGUCGGGUCAGAAGGGUGAUGCUGGUCCUCCAGGGCCACAGGGUGUUCCUGGAUCUCCGGGGUCUGUGGGCCGUGAUGGACCUCCAGGGUUACGGGGUCUACCGGGUCAGGACGGGCCUCAGGGUAGAGUUGGGCCACCGGGACCCAUUGGAGGUCCAGGAGCCCCCGGAGCCCCAGGUGAGAACGGCCCUCCAGGACCUACAGGAGACCAGGGCCCUCCGGGAGCCGCGGGGCCCAAAGGGGAGAAGGGUGAGCGGGGUGAAGUCCAGUCCACCGCUUCUGUUCAGGCCAUCGCCAGACAAGUGUGUGAGCAGCUGAUCCAGAGCCACAUGGCGCGCUACAGCUCCAUCCUGAACCACAUCCCCAGUCAGCCGGUGUCCAUCCGCACGGUUCCGGGGCCCCCAGGAGAGCCCGGCCGGCAGGGGCUUCCAGGACCUCAGGGAGAGCAGGGGCCGCCCGGACGACCCGGAUUCCCCGGCACCAACGGAGAGAACGGCCAGCCGGGAGCCAGAGGUGUCCAGGGGGAGAAGGGCGAGAAGGGUAAUCCGGGUGUUGGUGUCCAGGGACCACGAGGACCUGCUGGAACUCCAGGGCCUCCUGGUGAAGGCAGAACAGGAAGUCCAGGACCAUCUGGUCGGCCUGGAAGCCCCGGGAGUCCCGGAAGACCCGGAAUACCAGGACCGGUGGGUCCAGCAGGUCCUCCAGGAUACUGCGACCAGAACGCCUGCCUGGGGUACAACGUAGGAGGCGCUGACCUCACUGACAUCGAUGUCCCUGUAGUUCAGCUUCCGCCGAGCUCCUACCAGCCGUACGGGCCGGAGGGUGAGGCGGAGGAGGCAGACCCGUACGGCAGCUACGGCUCCUACUAUCAGCCCAACUACCCACCGCCACGGCCCGUCCAGGAGGAAGAGGAGGAGCUGCGCUCGCCCGGCAUGCAGAGGCAGACCUGAAACACACACACACACACGCACACACACACACACACACACACACACUGCAGAUGCUGACCAGUGUCCAUUACUGAGCAUACACACUGAUGAAGCGGCACAGCGGAACAACAACAACCAUCAGCUGCUCUGCAGAACUCAGAAGAUCACCACUGCACACACACACACACACACACACACACAGCCCUUAUGCACAUCUAUAAACAUCCACAGUCAAGCCAUGUUAAUAAGCAGCCAUGUUGAGAACAGAAGCACGCCGCUUUACUCAGUGACGGAGGCCUAAAAUGGUCACUUCUGUCUGUUGUUGUGUGGAUGUGUGGAAUAUGUGCCUUAUAAUCGGUGACAUUGUGAAAAUGUGCUUUAUUGUAGUUAUUUAAGGAUAUUGAAUUGUCCACAGAAACAGCAGCAGCCUAGUUUGAGUCUCUCUGGUGAACCGAUUCGUCUUGGUUGAAUCAGUUGAAUCAGUGAGUCGUUUCUGUCCGUCGCUCUGAUUCUUCACUCAGACUCUGCUGCUGGCUGUCUGAUGACUGAACGUGUGGAUUUAUCUGUGUUUUUUUCCUCUUCAUGAUUAUCUGGAGAGAGCAGUGCAGUUUGUAGACGUUUAUAUCAUAUUGUAGUUUUAUAUUCAGCUUUUAAUAUCCUCUCGUCUGUCCUGAAUAUGUUAAAGAGUUGAACAUCAGGCUAUUCCUGAUCAGUCCGAGCGCUUCCUCUGCCGGCUCACUGAUUGAUUAUGAUUGUGUGUGUCUGAUUGAUCAUCUUAUUUAUUUGAUAUGAUGGAGUUUCAUGUUUGUCAGCGUGUUUUACCCUGAGCCUCUUGGUUUAUGGUCCUCACAGCGUUCACAGUCCUGUUUCCUGUGUAUUGAUGUGACGGUGUGUUGUCUGAUGCUCUGUGUUGAUGAAUGAUGCAGUAUUUGUGUGUGCCUGUGCUAAUGUCACGCGCAUUCACCUCAUAAAUCCCUUUAAUAAACACUCUGAGUUAUUA